AGCAGAGCGCACCGGGCGGGCCGGGCGAGUGGCCAUGGCGGGCGCCGAGGACGCGCCGGGCCAGCAGCCGGAGCUCGACGAGGACGAAGCGGCGUACUGCCGGCGCUGGGGCGCGCAGCACGCCGGGGCCCGCGAGCUGGCCGCGCUCUACUCGCCAGGCAAGCGCUUCCAGGAGUGGUGCUGCGUGGUCCUGUGCUUCAGCCUCAUCGCUCACAACCUGCUGCACCUGCUGCUGCUGGCCCGCUGGGAGCACACGCCCCUCGUCAUCCUGGGCGUCGUCGCAGGGGCUCUCAUUGCUGACUUCCUGUCCGGCCUGGUGCACUGGGGUGCCGACACGUGGGGCUCCGUGGAGCUGCCCAUUGUGGGGAAGGCUUUCAUCCGACCGUUCCGGGAGCACCACAUCGACCCCACAGCCAUCACGCGGCACGACUUCAUCGAGACCAACGGCGACAACUGCCUGGUGACGCUGCUGCCACUGCUAAACAUGGCCUACAAGUUCCGCACCCAGAGCUCCGAGGCCCUGGAGCAGCUGUACCCCUGGGAGUGCUUCGUCUUCUGCCUCGUCAUCUUCGGCACCUUCACCAACCAGAUCCACAAGUGGUCCCACACCUACUUCGGGCUGCCGCGCUGGGUCACCCUGCUGCAGGACUGGCACGUCAUCCUGCCGCGCAAACACCACCGUAUCCACCACGUCUCGCCCCACGAGACCUACUUCUGCAUCACCACAGGCUGGCUCAACUACCCCCUGGAGAAGAUGGGCUUCUGGCGACGCCUAGAGGACCUCAUCCAGGCCCUGACGGGCGAGAAGCCGCGGGCGGACGACAUGAAGUGGGCGCAGAAGAUCAAGUGACUCCUCCGAGCCGCCGCCUGGCUGCCAACCUCCCCCAGUCCCUGAACCGAAGCCAUCUGCCAAACUGCAGCCUCCCCGCCCCCCAGGGCAGAGAGACGCCCCCUGGGCUGGGCCCGGGCACCCCCCGCCCACCCCUCGUGACACAGAAUACUUGAGCCACUGAUUUUUCACUUCCUUCCUGUUUCCUUGCCUCGGGCCCCGCCCAGCCACCUGAGCUGCGCUGCCAUCCUGGCUGCCGAGGGAGCCCCGCCCCGCCGGGCAGCCUGCUGUGUGGCUGGCGCUGGGGUCGUUAAGCCACCUCUGUCCUCCUGUCCGUCUGCUCCCAGGGGUGCAGGGAGCCCCCAGGCACAGCCCUGUGUCCCCGGAAACCCACCUGCUGCACACGGUCGCUGGAGGCGUGGGAGAAGGGCGGGGGGGUGGAUGCAGAGCCAAUGUCUCGGGCCCAGCUUGUCCACACGAGGACCCCCAGGCAGCCUGCGGGGAGAGGCCCUGGUGGGGAGCGGCUGCAGUCUCCUGUCUGGGACCCCUGCCCCUCUCCCAUGCGCCCUCUGCCACCGGCCCCGUGACUCCGGCCAGAUGCGCGGAUUCCAGUCCAAGGCUGCAUUUGCACGGUCCCUGCCUAGGGUCUCAGUCGUAUGGACGAGGUACAUGGCUUCCGCCGUGGCCAGGGGUGUCAGGAAGAGGGCGGCUUUUUUGGGGUUUUUUGUUUGUUUUUUUUUUUUAAAGGUGCUUGCUUGUUUAAUGUAAAUAAUAGAAAGCCUUAAUAUCUUUUCUGUAACACGAGUAAUAUUUUACUGUCACGUUUUGGAUGUACAUAAUAUAUUUAUAACAAAGCAGCAAG